CAGUUACUUUUUAAUUGUAUCGCUAUUGUAAUAUAGGCAAAACUUGAGCCUCUAAAAAUUUUGAGUUUAAAAUGCUGCGCCAGAAAUGCAAAACUGUAGUAUUGUUUUAUAUUUUGUUGUUAAACAAUAACCUCAUUUAUGCGGAAAAACGUUUUCGAAUUUUUGGUGGAAAAGAGGCCUCCAUAGAGAAUCAUCCAUGGAUAGUUUCACUUCAGGUUUCUUCUAAGGGUCACGAUUGCGGUGGAUCUCUUAUAGCUGAUGAUUGGGUAAUAACAGCUGCACAUUGUUUUGCACAUUUAAGGUUAUCUCCAGACUCAAUUAUUGCUGGAACAUCUAAUUUAACCGGUCCAGGUACUACCAUAAAAAUAGAACAUGUAAUAAAACAUGAGCUAUUCACAAUGAAAAAGUUUUAUAACUAUGAUAUAGCACUUGUUAAGUUAGCAGAAAAAGUUACUUUCUCUAAAACAAUUCAGCCUAUAAAUCUACCAGAACAAGAUGCACAACUACGAGUAGGGACAUCCGUUGGAGUUGCAGGAUGGGGAAGGACUAAGCUAAAUGGACCACCGUCGAAAGUUUUGAUGGAAACCAACGUUACCGUUACAGACCACCAUUUUGGGAAAACUAUAAUUUUUGCUUAUAAUAAGCAAUCAGGAACUUGCGAGGGCGAUUCAGGAGGUCCUUUAGAGCUAGAUGGUACGUUGGUGGGUAUUAUGUCAGGCAGUAUGGCUGCUUGUGAAAGUCAGUUUCCUGCUAUUUACACACACGUUGCCUUGUUCCGUACAUGGAUAAAAGAAAAAAUUGGUAUCUAAUUAAAUAGCGAUAACAGUCAUUUGUUAAAAUGUUUAUUAAUUGAUGUUAACUUUAAUAAAUACUGGAAGUAUGUA